AUGAGUGCCCCCGCCCAGAAGUUCAAGGUCGCCGACCUCAGCUUGGCCGCUUUCGGUCGUCGCGAGAUUGAGCUCGCCGAGCACGAGAUGCCCGGUCUCAUGGCCACUCGCGCAAAGUACGCCGAGGAGCAGCCCCUCAAGGGUGCUCGUAUUGCCGGUUGCUUGCACAUGACCAUCCAGACUGCCGUCCUUAUCGAGACCCUCAAGGCCCUCGGUGCCGAGCUCACCUGGACCUCCUGCAACAUCUUCUCCACCCAGGACCACGCCGCUGCCGCCAUUGCCGCUGGUGGUACCCCCGUCUUCGCCUGGAAGGGUGAGACCGAGGAGGAGUACGAGUGGUGUCUCGAGCAGCAGCUCACCGCUUUCCCCUCGGGCAAGUCCCUCAACCUGAUCCUCGAUGACGGUGGUGAUCUUACCGCUCUCGUCCACAAGAAGUACCCUGAGAUGCUCAAGGACUGCUACGGUGUCUCCGAGGAGACCACCACUGGUGUCCACCACCUCUACAAGAUGCUCAAGAACAAGACCCUCCUCGUCCCCUCCAUCAACGUCAACGACUCCGUCACCAAGUCCAAGUUCGACAACCUUUACGGCUGCCGUGAGUCUCUUGUCGACGGUAUCAAGCGUGCCACCGAUGUCAUGAUCGCUGGUAAGGUCGCCGUUGUCGCUGGUUUCGGUGAUGUCGGCAAGGGUUGCGCCCAGGCCCUCCACGCCAUGGGUGCCCGCGUUCUCGUUACUGAGAUCGACCCCAUCAACGCUCUCCAGGCCGCCGUCUCUGGUUACCAGGUCACCACCAUGGAGAAGGCCGCUUCCGUUGGUCAGAUCUUCGUCACCACCACCGGCUGCCGUGACAUUCUCGUUGGCAAGCACUUCGAGGCCAUGCCCGAGAACGCCAUUGUCUGCAACAUUGGUCACUUCGACAUUGAGAUCGACGUUGCCUGGUUGAAGAAGAACGCCACCUCGGUCCAGAACAUCAAGCCCCAGGUUGACCGUUUCCUCAUGCCUUCCGGCCGUCACAUCAUCCUCCUCGCCGAGGGUCGUCUUGUCAACCUUGGCUGUGCCACCGGCCACUCUUCCUUCGUCAUGUCCUGCUCCUUCGCCAACCAGGUCCUUGCCCAGAUCAUGCUGUUCAAGGCUGGUGACGAGGCUUUCGGCAAGAAGUACGUCGAGUUCGCUCGCGCUGGCGAGGGUGAGGGUGUUGGUGAGCUCAAGAACGGUGUCAUGCCCGUUGGUGUCUACGUCCUCCCCAAGAUCCUCGACGAGCAGGUCGCUCUUCUCCACCUCGAGCACGUCAACGCCGAGCUCUCCAAGCUCACCGACGUCCAGGCCGAGUACCUUGGUCUUCCCGUCGAGGGUCCUUUCAAGAGCGACAUGUACAGAUACUAG